UAUCUGUUGGAAUUCAUUAAACGUUUUACCGCACAGGCCGACGUACAGCGGUUCGAGAUCCGAGAUCCGAAAUCCAAAAUCCAAAAGUCCGAGAGCCCCACCGUCUUCUCACACGCACACACUGCCGCGCAGCUCAAUCAGCCAGCAAAUAUGAAAUUCUUAGUCACCAUCGCCGCCCUCUGCCUCCUUGUGGCCUUCGCCGCGGGCCAGCAAUACUUCCUGGGCCAGUUCCCCAGCCGGACUCGCUUUGGAUUCGAUCCCGUGGCGCUGGCGGGACCCUCAACGGCCACACAGGUUCGGGAUCCUCGACAGAACAGGGGACCCGUGGUGUUCCCCCCAUCCCCUCCAGACGCAGUGGACGAGUCCAGCGGCGUGGUCGUGGGCGCCUCCGGAUACGGUUUUGUGCCGCCCCAGCAAACAGCGGCGGCUGUGGCAGUGGCGGCCGCGGGGGAUCCGUCCACGUACUUUAGCACCACCUUCCAGACCCCCGACACCGCCUAUGCGACAUACAACUUCUUCGGUAGUCCGUACACCACGCGGUUUAGAUACUUCUGAGCCAACGGAUGGAGCUGUGGCCAAAAACCAAACACCGAGUCAUGUUCAGUGGUCAGUGGACAGUGGAGUGGACUGACUGCCGCCGGAGAGGAGAACUAGGAGCAAGAGCUGGAGACUAGAAACAAUUGUCUUGUAAAUAAAUGUGUUAACUCUUAUUAACAA